AUGGCAUUCGAAUAUGAACAAAUCACGGAUCGACUGUACGUCGAGCAAAAGGAACAAAAUGGUGAAGAGGACUACAUCAUGGUGCGUGCCAAACAGUACAGCGGAGUUCCGAUUUCCAUCCCAGAUUGGAAACCGGCAGCGCAUUGUUACACAGCCAGGUUCCAGAAGUACGAGCAGGUUCUGACGGACAUGGAAGUAUAUCCCGAAGAUGUGUGGGUUGCGUCGUAUCCGAAAAGUGGCACAACAUGGUGCCAGGAGAUGGUUUGGCUCAUUUGCAACAAUCUCAACUUCGAGGCUGCCCGAGCUGAGUCCUUGCGUACACGGUUUCCAUUCCUUGAUGUUAGCUUAAUUCACGAUCCGAGUAUGAGCUCUUUCGAGCGCGUCCAGCAAAUGCCACGGCCUCGAUUUAUAAAAACGCACCUUCCGGUAUCGAUGCUACCCGGACGUUACUGGACCGUCAAGCCAAAAACGGUGUACAUUAAGCGUAACCCAAAGUCAGUGGCCGUCUCGUACUACCAUCACUCACGUUCGAUCUUUUACCGCGGCACUAUGGACGAUUUUGUGCGAUCGUUUAUGCGCGAGCAUCAGUUUUACUCGCCGUAUCACACUCACGUGAUCGAGUAUCAUCACUUGCUCGGAUGCGAAAACGUGCUGACAAUUUCGUACGAGGACAUGAAACGUGACCUUCGCAAGGUCGUCGCAAGGGUUUGUCGAUUUUUUGGGAAGUCCUACAACGAGCCGGAGCUGCAGGCGUUGUUUGAGCAUCUUUCGUUCGAGUCGAUGCGCGAAAAUAAAGCCUGCAAUUAUGAAGACAUCAGUGAUCGAAACGAUGGAGAACGCUUUAUUCGUAAAGGACAACUGGCGAGCUGGAAGGAGGAAUUAACGCCCGAACAAAUCGACGCUCUCGAUCGGUGGACUAUCGACAAUGUGUCGAAUGUUGAUCAUAGGAAACUGUUCGAAUAGGUAAUGUGUGGGAAGCGCAUUAUAUAUUCUCCAUGGCGGAUAGGGAGUUACGGUUGGCCAUAAACAAGACUCGCAUGCAAAAGAGUGUGAUGAACUGAAACAAAUAAAACAUGAAA